GUGUCGUUAUGGCUAGGACUAAGCAGACCGCUCGUAAAUCCACCGGAGGCAAAGCUCCCAGGAAGCAGCUGGCCACCAAGGCUGCCAGGAAGAGCGCCCCGGCUACCGGCGGCGUCAAGAAGCCUCACCGCUACCGGCCCGGCACAGUCGCCCUGAGGGAGAUCCGCCGCUACCAGAAGUCCACCGAGCUGCUCAUCCGCAAGCUGCCCUUCCAGCGCCUGGUAAGAGAGAUCGCCCAGGACUUCAAGACCGACCUGCGCUUCCAGAGCUCGGCUGUCAUGGCUCUGCAGGAGGCUAGCGAAGCUUAUCUGGUCGGUCUCUUCGAGGAUACCAACCUUGCUUUUGUUGUAAAAAUGUCUGGCCGCGGAAAGGGAGGUAAGGGGCUCGGGAAAGGAGGCGCCAAGCGUCACCGCAAAGUUCUCCGUGAUAACAUCCAGGGCAUCACCAAGCCCGCCAUCCGCCGCCUGGCUCGCCGCGGUGGAGUCAAGCGUAUCUCCGGGCUCAUCUACGAGGAGACUCGCGGGGUGCUCAAGGUUUUCCUGGAGAACGUCAUCCGCGAUGCCGUCACCUACACAGAGCACGCCAAGAGGAAGACCGUCACUGCCAUGGACGUGGUGUAUGCGCUCAAGAGACAGGGCCGCACUCUCUACGGCUUCGGAGGCUAAACUGUACAGACACCGCUCAACAACACAAAGGCUCUUUUAAGAGCCGCCCACUUUGAUU